CAGAGUGGGCCGAACCGGGAGGGUCCGGUUGAAGCCCCCCCUCUGCAGUUCCUCAGUCUCAGUCUGGUUCGGGAGCAGUGAACCGGGCCUGACUGAUGGAGACCUGUGGAAACCAGACCAGCUGAGGCUGACUGGACCAGGACCAGGACCAGGACCAGGACCAGGACCAGGGACGUGUGUGGAGAACCGGAACAGAACCAUGUCUGAGGCGGGACGCUGCCUGAACAAGAGGCCUUCCGGGCCUCCAGAACCAGCUGUGGGCCGGUGAGUGCUGCAGGACCGAGCCGCCUCCUCGAACCGAACCGAACCGAACCUUCAGGAUGCAGACUUCUGCUCCAAGAGACCGUUAGACCCGGAUCCUGUUUCAGCAUCCAGAACUUUUGUGCGCGCGCGCGCGCGUGUGAAGAUGAGUGUGGUCUCGCGCUUCCCGCACCCCUCCAUCAUGCACCCCCACGAGUCCCACCGGUACUCCUUCCACGCUGCUGCCGGUACCGGGCGGUGCCACGAGGACCCCGGAGCCCCCCCGUACUUCAGCUGGCUCAUCGGUCACGCGGACGUGUCCCCCUCAGAGUACGAGCACGCGCCCGCCUUCAGCCCGGAGUACCACCCGUUCGGCGGCGGCGGGUCGGACCAGGUCCACCAUCACCACUGCGGUCCCGGAGGCCUGAUCCCGGGCCCCGGGACCCUGUCCGUGAACGUGCACCAGCAGCACGCGCACCCGCGGACCUUGAAGCGCAGACCCACGGCCAACCGGAAGGAGCGGCGGCGGACCCAGAGCAUCAACUCGGCCUUUGCAGAACUCCGGGAGUGCAUCCCGAACGUCCCGGCCGACACCAAGUUGUCCAAGAUCAAGACCCUGAGGCUCGCCACCAGCUACAUCUCCUACCUGAUGGACGUCCUGGACCGGGACGGACAGCACGGAGACACCCAGGCCUUCAGGGCCGACCUGAAGAGGCCCGAGGCCCGGGAGGAGCGCAGGAAGAGGGACACG